AUGAUGCCACUCCCCAGAAGAUGGGUACCCAUAAUCUGCUUCUUCAUUGCCACAGCCAUACUUUGGAUCUUCUCACCUAUGCGAACCAGAUCUCGACAGAGCCUCUUGUGGCUUCAGUUGAAUGGCUCGGCGAGCCAUGGUACCGAAGAACUCCAACUCGCUGCUGAAGGCAACAGAAUAUCGAAUCACUUGAUCCACAAAAAUACUUUUCAGCCGGGAACUAUCAAGCCAGUAGGACAGCAAUAUACAAGAACGCUCGUCAUACCACGAACAUCAUCGGAAAAUACAGAUUGGGUCCAGGAAUAUUUCCAGAAGGACGAGUACUUUGACUUCAAGUUAUACGUUGUAGAUGAUGUUGGUGCAGCAUUAUCCAUACCAAAGAACAAGGGGCAUGAAGUGAUGGUAUACCUGACAUACAUCAUUGAUCAUUAUCACAACUUAUCAGACGUGAACAUCUUCAUGCACUCCCAUCGCAAGGCUUGGCACAACAAUGACCUGCUGGAUGGUGAUGCUGUGCAGGUGGUAACUCGACUGUCAUCAGAGAGGGUUCAGAGAGAAGGUUACAUGAACUUGAGGUGCCACUGGGACCCUGGCUGUCCAGACUGGAUGCAUCCUGGGAUGGUAGAGGAGGAUAUUGGGAAGCAAGAGCAGACUAUGCUGGCGAGGUCUUGGUCCGAGUUGUUUCCUCUGGAUCCUAUCCCCAAUACAUUAGCACAACCGUGCUGCGCACAAUUUGCUGUCUCUGGGCACAGGAUUCAAGAAUUACCAUUUGAGAGAUAUGUCUACCUCCGGGAAUGGUUGCUGAGGACGAGCAUGUCGGAUUAUUUCAGUGGAAGAAUUUUUGAGUUUAUUUGGCAGUUUAUUUUCACUGGGAAGAAUGUGGCAUGUCCUAAGGAGUAUGUGUGCUAUUGUGAUGGUUUUGGGAUUUGUUUUGGAGGGGAGAAGGAAUAUGAUGCCUAUCAGGAAAAGGUCAAGGAGAGGACACAAUUGGAGGAAGAGCUGAAGACAUGGACUGAUUUAAAUGACAAAUGGAAGUCUGGUGAUAGAGCUGCGGAGCAACCAGAGCCUGGCAAAGACACGGAGCUAUUCCAGAAGAUCGAUGCCAACAUUGCUUGGUGCGAACUGAAGCAGAAGGAAGCAAAAGUGCGAGGCGACGUGGCGCAGUACAGAGCGCUCGAAGCUGGGAGGGAAUGGAAUGACGGAGAUGGGUACUGA